ACUCCUGUGGCCCCCAGAUCUCUACUCUCCCCCUUUCCUUCUCCCGGGCUCUGCCGUCCCCUAGUCCUACUCGCAGGAGCCAUGGGUAGUUUCAGCAGCCUGGAGGGCAGUGCCCAGCUUGGGGUGCUCACCUCCUGGCCCCUCCUCCUCAGACAGGGGGUCCCCGGUUUUGCCCCCCCAGCAGGACCCCUGGAUCCAGCCCUAGGCUUCCCCCCAGCCCGGCCAGCCCAGCCCCCGCGGCGGGUGGCCGACUUCUCCAUCUGCUCUCUCCUGGCCCUGGGCAGCUCGGAGGGGCCGGGGGAAGGGGAGCGCGAGGAGGAGCUGGGUGAGGGGGCUGCGGCGUGGGGGUCGACCCCGCCGGGGUACGCCUGGAUCCACUGCUCCCGCUUCAAGCCGCCUCGUCUGGCAACAGAGGCGAAGCGGGGGGGCAGCUCCGGCCGGGCCUCCCGCAGCCCCCGCGUCCCGUUCUCCGCGGCCCAGAUCGGCGUCCUGGAGAGCAGCUACCGGCAGACACGCUACCUGAGCAGCGGGCAGGUGGGGGAGCUGUCGGCACUGCUGGGGCUCAGCGAGACCCAGGUGAAAAUCUGGUUCCAGAACCGGCGGGCACGGGAAAGGCGGGACUGCCUGAAGGAACAGCCAACCAGCAGCACUGCCCUGGAGGGGGCGGAGCCGGCCCAUUCUGCCCCCCUCAGGCGGGCGCCAAUGCCAGGGCGGGGCGGUGCCAAGACGCUGCCCCCUUGAGCCGCCGCAGCCUCAGGUGUCUGAUCACAACGGGGCCAUUUCUGGUGCAAAGAGGUCUGGAGUUGCCGUUUUGGGGGGCCCCUGGAUUGGGGGCGAUGGUCCCCCUAUGGGCUGUGCACCUCCUCCACCCUGUUGUUACAGGGCACCCAUCAAACUCCAGUCCCCCCCCACUCCGCAACUGCAAACCGGUCCCCCUCCCACCCCAAAUCUUCAGCCAGAAUUUGACUCCCCAGCCGGGAUGUGUACCCCAAACUCUGACUGCGCUCGGGGGGCGGGGGCAGGACUGACACCCGCAGACACAGGAGUCAUCCGGCCCGGCUGCUUGGUGCCUCCUGUGUGCAAUGAAUUGGGGGGGGCCUCAGCCUGGCCCCUUCCCCCAACUCUCUUUCAAAACCAGCCGCACAAUUAGCACUCCAGGCCAGGGCUUCCUGCUGGCCCACCCUGGGGCCCCUCUACCUUGGAGCGCCCCCUGCUGGGCCCCGUCCCCAGCACUGACCCGAACCUCCGUUCAAGGGCAAAGGAUGACUGUGCAGAACAUGGGAGGAGGGGAGGCAGGAUGUUUCCACCCCAGCCCGAUCCCUGCCUCUGAUCUUCAGCCUCCACCAAGUCUUCAGCCAGUGACAACGUUUUGGCUUGAGCUGAAGGGAUUCAGACUGAACAGGCGUUACCCUCCCCCGCCACCCACCCACCCGUAACUGUCCCGUGUCUGUGACACACAAGGAAUCAGAUUCUGAUCUCAGCCACCCCGGGGUCAAUCCGGAGUCACCCCGACUUGCAAUGGGGUCAGGACUGAAUUCAGAUUUCAACUCCCCCCAGAUCAAUCUAGAGUCACCCCGACUGCAAUGAGGACAGGGACGGAUUCAGAUCUCAGCCCCCCUGGGGUCGAUCCGGAGUCAUCCCCGACUGCAAUGGGGACAGGGCUGAAUUCAGAUCUCAGCCUCCCCCCACCGGGUCAAUCUGGAGUCAACCCAACUGCAAUGGGGACAGGGCAGGAGUCUGAUGUCAGAAAUAGCCAUGUAGAUCUGGGCUCAAUCCACUGAAGAAAAUGGAGUCACUCUGGUUUGACACAGAGACCAGAAUCCGUCUUUCUGCCAAAUCCAGCUCUGCUCUGGGGUGUGAUUGCCAAGGGGAGCCUGAUUGGGGAGGAGCUGCCCCCAAUCCUGGGAUAUCUGCUGGGGGGUUGUGCCCUGUGUCACGGGGGGACAAUAAACCCACUUUGAUCCCAGAACUGGGCUCUCAUGUGGUGGUUUCCUUGUGUCCCUGCUUGGGUCCAUCCGGGGGACUGGGGGCAGAGGGGAUAUUGCCAGGAGCGCUGCCAGCUUUUCUGCCGCCCUAGGCGGCGGAAGGUCCCGCCCCGAAAUGCCGCCCCCCCCCAGAGGUGGCGGAAGGUCCCACCGCCGAAAUACCGCCGCGGUCGCCGCCCCCCAAAUUGUAGCACCCUAGGCAACCACCUAGGUAGCCUAAUGGGUUGCACCGGCCCUGGGUGUUGCCUGGGGGGCCGGGGCAGUGUCUUGUGCUCCCCCCACCUCUGGCUGUGCCCCGUUAGGCAGGGCUGGCAUGGG